AUGACCAGCGACGUAAACGGCAGAGAUCCAUCAUACCUUACCGAUCUAGUGGUAGCUCCAUCCUGUUUGUUGAUGUACGUUGUCUAUCAUCUCUUGCUUGCGAGACGAGUGUACCGAAAACCAGAAACAACAGUCAUUGGUAUUACAAGGCGUGCUCGUCGAGACUGGGUGUACGGAAUCGCAAGUGACCAAAACUAUGCAAUCAUUGCUGUGCAGACUCUCAGGAACUGGCUUAUGGCUGCUUCAAUGCUAGGAAGUGUCGCUAUAUCAUUGAGUGUUGGUAUCAUGGCGCUCGUAGCAACGCUAUCAAGGACCAGAGAAGAUGGUGAAAUUGCAUUUCUGUCUGGUUGGGGCUGGUUAUUCAGGAUGAAGAUCGCAUGCCUCAUCACAUGUUUCAUUGGUGCAUUCAUAUCCUUUUUGGAAGUAAUGCGAUACUUGAAACACUUGACAUUCUUUAUCACGACUAUUGCACCACGGGACUGUAAUCGGAAAGUCAAGGAACGGAUUGCCAGCAAUGUGCAUAUUGCUGCCUCUAUGAUCAAUAGGGCUGCACUUUGUCAUACAAUUGGUUUGAGGGUGCUCUUGUUUUCGUUUCCAGUGUUGGUUUGGUUGUUUACUGUUUGGUUGAUGCCCGUAUUUACACUCCUCUUGCUAUUGGUCUUCCAGUGCAGAGACGACGAAAGCGAAGAGUAUGGCGGGAUGACUGCGUCGGCCUUCGCACGAGACGUCGAACAACAAUCACAAGAUGAAGAAGUUGAGCCUUUACUAUUAGCACAUGAGCCUUGA